UGGGUGAUGGAGCAGAAGAAUUAAAUGGAGUUAGAGAGUAGAGUUGAUCCCAAAGACAUAAUAGAGAGAGUGUAUUAAAUGCAGCAACUAAGAUCCCCACCCACCCUUUUGGUCCUCACCAAAAAACAAACCCUAAUUCCCUCACCUCUCCUUUCACAAAUGGAGAAUUCCCAAAUUCAUCCUUCUUCUUCUUCUCAAUGUCUUCCUCAAACCCUUAUUCUCCACCAUCACCAACCACCCCUUACUUCACCAACCUUGGCUUCGGCUACUCCAUCGCCAUUGCACUCGGUUUUCUCUUUCUUCUCUCCACUCUCAUUCUCUCUUCCUAUCUCUGUUGCCGCACUCUCCGCAACCGUAACAACCGCACCACCACCCAACCCAACCCUGAUGGCAUCGUUCUGCCACGUGUCAUAUUUGUAGCUGAAGAUGAUGACGACGAUCAGAACCCGCACCGUGAUGGAAACGACGUCGUUUUGGGGUUGGACCAGGGGGUUAUUAAUUCUUACCCUAAGUUUCCUUUUGUGAAAGAUGGUGAACGCAUGAAAUCUUUUGAUAUUCUUAGUCCUGAAGAUAAGGGAAUGACAAAACACAAUGUUAAUACAAAGUUUAAAAGAUGGAGACGUGUUUACUGUUUCAUGUUUAUACCUGCUGCUCUUGCUCUUAUCCUCUCUGCUGCUGCCAUGUCCAAGUUCUCCUACAAAUCAUUUCUUGGUACUGAAUCAUUAUACUCAAAUCUGAAUCCUGAGGUCCCAAAUGGGAAUCAAAAUGAAAUGAUGACAACUGUACAAAAUGUAAUUCAGAAGAUUCAAGAGGAACUGGACAAACUGAGGGAAACAGAUGAAGACUCAUCAUCAUCACCACUUAUAUUCCAACAUGGUGCAUUUCUUGCUGAUAUAGUAGGACUUCUUGAGUCAGUGGUAGCACCUCAUCAGCAAAAUGGUAGUUUCACAGUUCAUCCUCUGGUGAGUAAAAAGAAGCAAUCUGAUGAACCUGCUGAUUACUUCCUGCGAGAAGAGAUUCGCAAGUAUCUCAGGAUCAAGCCCAACAGAUUAGGAAAACAAAAUUUUAUGGGGGCAAAUGCAACCUUCACCAGCAUAGGACAUGCGUGCUUUGCCAUGAAGGAAGAGCUAGAAGAAUACAUGGAUUAUGAUGUUGGUGAAAUCUGCAAUGAUGACUGGAAACUAGCUCAAAAGCUUAUGGUACAUGGCUGUGAUCCUCUACCAAGGAGAAGGUGCUUUUCAAGAGCUCCUAAGCUAUACAAUCAACCAUUUCCCCUCAAUGAAUCCCUAUGGAAGCUCCCUGAUGAUAGAAAUGUUAGAUGGAGUCAAUACCGGUGCAAAAACUUUGCUUGUCUCGCCAACAACACCACUCACAAAGGAUUCUUCAAGUGUGCAGACUGCUUCAAUCUCACCAACCAUGAGAAGCCAAGAUGGGUAAGAUUGGAUGCUGAUCAAAACCAGACAGCUGAUUUCCUCAUAUCUGAGGUUCUUGGAAUUAAGCCAGGAGAGAUCAGAAUAGGAUUAGAUUUCAGUGUUGGAACUGGGACUUUUGCUGCUAGGAUGAGGGAAUUCAAUGUGACAAUAGUUUCAGCCACUAUCAAUUUUGGGGCACCCUUCAGUGAAAUGAUAGCUCUUAGAGGACUUGUUCCUCUCUACUUGACUAUAAAUCAAAGGCUUCCAUUUUUUGACAACACCCUUGAUUUGAUUCACACAACAAGAUUUCUAGAUGGGUGGAUUGACUUUGUGCUCCUAGACUUUGUAUUGUAUGACUGGGAUAGAGUUUUGAGGCCAGGCGGGUUGCUUUGGAUUGAUAGCUUUUUUUGCUUGAAGGAAGAUAUAUAUGAUUACUUGCAGGCCUUCAAUACUCUUAGAUAUAAGAAGCACAAAUGGGUUGUUGUUCCAAAGCUUGAUAAGGAUGAUCAAGAAAUCUUCUUUUCUGCUGUUUUAGAGAAGCCUCCUAGGCCAUUCAGGUGA